AUUCGGUGAAGUGAACUGUAUGAUCAAAUGUUACAUCGAACCUUUCUUCACAGUUUAAACAAGAAUAAAAUAGUGCGAAUAGAACGUGAAGAAGUAUGUUUACCUACCCGUUAAUAGCGUGUCUUGCUGUUAUCACAGUCACACAGGCGAAGCCUUUACAGGAUGUUCUUCCGCACAGUAAGGACUACUACGCAGGUUAUAUAAAAGCUAUAACAGAUAAUUUCGAGCAGCUUUUCUCGACUGGAGAUAGACAGAUUCGAAGCACGCCUGAAGAUGAAGAGCAGGCUGACUUUCUUUCUGAUGACGAUAACGCUGAAUCACGGACUGCUGAAACUGUUGGUGACAUUCGACAUUAUGAAGAUUCAAGUGCAUCGAAAGCGCUGACAGAAUUAAAAAGGGAUGUCAAGGAAGACGCAGAGCCCCUAAAAAAGAACCAAUCGGAAGUAACAAAUAGCAAUACGGAGGCUGCUGAUGCGACUAAAUCUGCAGAGAAGAAAGAUGAUACACCGGUCACUGAUGAAAAUGUUGUGAAAGAUGAAGCAGAUGUUACAGCAGAAAAAACAGCAUCAACUGAAACAAAGCCCACUGAAGAGAAAGAGACAGAGGAAACCGAAUCAACUUCUACAGGAAGUUCUAUCGUAAAAGUAACAGGGGACGAAGAUGAUGAAAAAGAGAAAGAAGAUGCAUCUGAGGGAACACCUGUCCCUGGCACUGAUACUGGCAUUGCUGAUCAGGAGACACCUAACGCUGCCGAAAUGGAACAAGAAGAGCCAGGAAAUGAAGAAGCAUCUGAAAAUGAAGAGGAGGUACCUGUUGAAUUCCAUUCCAACAUCCCUGCACAAGAGGGUGGAGAUGACGACGAAGACAUGCGACGUGAUUUUAUCUUGGAGCAUGCAAACAUGCAAAACCAAUUUGCACCAAAGAUUAUCAGUGGUUAUCAAGGAAUGCCAUACGGAGGAGGCCAAAAUGGUGCAUAUAUGUUCCCGGGACCAAUGGGAUUUAACAAACUACCUAUAGGCACACCAUUUAACUUUGGUUAUCCUCAGCAAGAGUCCAAUUAUGUGCAACAACAAGAUGAGGGACCCUUUACAGGUGAAUCUAGGUCAAAAAUUACCCAAGAUGCAAAAAAACGUGACGAUGACGAUGACAAUAAUAAAAGUGAUAAAACUGACAGUCAUCAUCUACAUCGCGUGCUUGUGUUACCACAGGACUGUCAUCAUGGUCACGGAUGUCAUGGUUGUUGCAAUGAUUGUUGUAAUGAUUGUUGUCACCACUGCAGCUAUCCAAUCGCCCAUCAUGGUUCCCAUCACAUACAUGAUAUUCAUCAUUGGCCAGUCGGUUGUGCAGAACACUACUCACACGAGUCUCCCUGCUUAACCUACCCUCAUGCUGAUCACGUUGAUUUUGGAUAUCCCUGCGGUUGCCAAACAACACAUCAUUCAUGCGGUUGCCAUGACAACUGCGGUUGCAAUCACCCCUACCAUUCUCACCAUCCAGUGAUCUUACAUCCAACAUACCAGGAGGCUCACCACCACAACAUCCAUGUUACUCAUGACAACGGAUGUCACCAUGGUUAUAACGGAGGGUGUUGUCAUAACGGAGGGUGUUGUCAUGACGGAUGCGGUCAUGUUGAGCAUGUCCAUCUUGGACAUCACGGAGGUUAUCUUGGCAGUCACUGUAACGAUCACCACAUUGCCAUCCUGCCACACUAUGGUCAUACAUGCGCUGGUAGUCAUGGUUGGAAUCCAUACUGGGGACAUUAAACCAGUUCGCGUGAAUGAUAGUUAGCACCCAUAUACAAUUCAACAAAGAGAAUAUUUUACGAUUUUGAUAAGAUCAUUUAUUUUUGAUAAGACAUAUUAUUUAUUUAGCGUCAGUUUAACCGCUAGAAAUACAGGAACAACAAUGUAUAUAUUCAAAAAUAUGUAAUUUCAUUUACUAACACUGCACUAACAUAAAACAACGUACUUUUAUGUCACCCUGAUCAGCAAGAACGAGCAUCCUCCGUACUGAACAAUAACAAAAAGAAGUAGACGCGUUUUAAGUAUUAAUUACAUUUGAAACGCACCUACAGUGAAGCCUAGACACACAACUGAGGAACGGUUACUUUCAUAUCAAAACCCUGAAAAUAACAGUUUAUUGCAGACGUCCGCAACGAACGUCAUUUUGUGUGCUAAUUUCUUUAUUCCAAAGCAGCUUGCCGCUCUAUAUCAAAUACGCCCAAUAUAUCAAACACGCCUAACAUAUCAAAUACGCCCAAUAUAUUAAAUACACCCUAUAUAUUAAAUACGCCCAAUAUAUAAAACAUUGUAAGAACCUUCGUUUAUUGUGUUAAUUUUUUUUCCAUUUUUGUUAUUCAAAAUAUAAAUUUCGUUUGUGUUCAGUCUGAUUCAUUUUUUUAAUCCUAUUAAGGCCAGACUUUUGUGGAGGUAUUAAAGGGCGGGGUAGGUUGAUAAACGCCUUCUUCAAAAAUGAUGAAGGACACAUUGCAUGCAAUAAUUCACAAACACAAUAUUGACAAUUGUAACAAUUAACCACUUUAUAAUAAUCGAAUUUUUAGGAUUUUUAAAAUAAAAUUUCAAAACAUGCACAUCUUUUUGAUGAGUAGCCGGAAAGAAUAUUUUCGACAAUUCAAGAUUGUAAUUGAUUUUUUAACAAAAUUUAGCAGUAGUCACCGUAUGCCCUUGUAUAAUAUUUUAUUUAAAACUUUAGAGAAUAUUUCUUUGGUAAUAUUGACUAGGUGAGAUAUAUAACAAAAACGUUUGUACAUUUAGUUUUAAUUAUUUUAAAGCAACCAUAACGGAUCAAAUAAAAAAUUAUUAUCUAA